UCCCGCCGCCGCCACCGUGGCCCGGGGUCAGCGCCGGCGAGUCGGACACCUGCUGGCCGGCGGCCGCCGCGGGAGGACUCGGCCUGGUCAACUCCAGCGAGAGGAACGACGCUAACGUGGUGGUGUAGCCGACGUACAUCUGGGAGAAGGCCGUCUGAAAGUUGUCACCGACAAAGACAACGUUGGCGUCACCGUCAGCAGCGCGUUUGUUUCGUGUCGUUGACCUGCUGCACUGUCGACAACACACAAGUCACCGGCCAGUAACCGUCCGUUUGUGGGAGCGCAUUGUCGUCUGAAAAUCAGACUUGCAGUAUUUAUGAUCCAUAUUCAGGAUAAAGCGCACGGACACUGAAAUAAUGUAUAAUCAAACGUCAUAUUUUACUGUCACAUUUAAAGCAGUGUUCCUCGCAGCAGCUCGUGUGGCAUCUCAGCGGAGUAAAUGCUCGGUUUUCCACCAGAAAUGUUGACAAUAUUUCAUGUAGGAGUCAGAAAUGUGCAGCGCCGUCGGUGUACUGUGGCUGGCCCAGUGGUAUUUUGGUGGGUGUUUUGCAGCAGCCUGGCUAGAGAGUGUGAGGCCAGACCUGGCCAGCAGGGGGACUCACGUCGUUGUGUCCGAUCAGCUGGACCAGGAUGUCUCCCACCAGAGACUUCCAGUGCUCGGCCGACAGUCGCUCCUGCAGGGUGUUUCUGAAGAGCAGGUGUCGCUGCAGCAGCUGCUCCACGAAGCUCAGGUGGGCCUGGCUGCGGCACAAGACGCCCGGGUCACGGCACCGCACCGCGGUCUGGGGACGGCGCUGCCAUACUUACUGCGGCUCUGCGGCGGCGGUGGCGGGCGGCGUCCUGUAGCGGUCGUACAGCUGGUUCAGCGUGGACACGUACUCCCACUCCGAGUGGAGGAGCUGCAUGGCCACCUGGUGGCGUGCGUCUGGCGGGGACAGGGCGAGCGUGACUCUCUGAGGCCACAGGGGCGGUGAGGGUGCGAGGACUGACCUGUGCCCUCGCUCAGGCCGGCCUUCAGGCCCUGCAGGAAGCAGUGGAGCAGCAGCUUCCCUCUGGAUGGCGAGGCGGCGUCGCUGGCGGGGGCGCUGCAGCGCACACAGCAGCCUCAGUGGCGGGCCCCCCAGUAGCGGGGUCGGCGGCUCCUACCUCUUCCCUCCUGACGCCUCCCUCCUGGAUCUGCUGCAGCCCAGGUGCGACACCUGGCUCUGGAUGGCUCCCAGUUCCUCCUGUGGGGCCACAGCAAGUCAGUCCUCCCUCCAGGCGCCCGGCAGCUCGGGGUGGGGUCCUUACCCUCAGCGCCUCCACCAGGGCCUCCAGUCGCAGAGCCUUCCUCUGGCAGCUCUUCCUGGUCUCCUGCAGCUCCCCCCGCAGGUGCGAGUCUCCGUGCUGGAUCUGGCUGAGCUCCAGCAGGGCCCCGGAGAAGCCCAUCUUCAGCUCAGUCACCAUGCACUGCAGCUGCGGGCGGCACCACAGCGCCCUCGUCAGGUCUGCUCCUGCUCUACUGAGCCUCAGCGGGGGCCACAUGGGGCCCUUCGCCUUCACCAGCGCAGACAUGCGGAAGAACGAGUUCGACUCGUCGUCGGAUGAAGACGAGCCGGAGGACGCGCAGGCGAGCCCGCUGAACAUCUCCUGGUUGCAGGUACAAGGACAUCCGCAGGAACCUCCAGAGAGACGUCGAGGAGCUGCAGAGCCAGGGGGUGCAGGACGUCUUCGUCUUCUGCACCAACGGGGAGCUGAGCAAGUACCGCGUGCCCUCGCUGCUGGCCACCUACGAGCACCGGGGCUUCGCCGUGCACCACUUCCCCUUCCUGGACGGAGACGUCCCCGAGCUGCCGCUGUGCAGCCGGAUCCUGGAGGAGCUGCAGGGCUGCCUGCAGAGGAGCAGGAGGACCGUGCUCCACUGCUACGGAGGCCUGGGACGCUCGGGACUGGUGGCUGCCUGUCUGCUGAUCCAGCUCUCUCCAGAGAUGACGGCGCACAAAGCCAUCGAGUUCCUCAGGGAGCACCGAGGAAGAGGAGCCAUCCAGACGGUGAAGCAAUACAACUUCCUGCACGAGUUUCGUGAGAAGUUUGCGGCGCACCAGGCCAACACGGAAGCUUUCACCGAGCGCUCGGUGUCCCGCUGAGUCGCCCGCCUCCGCUCCUCUGGCUGUGUCCGUCUCUCAUGAGUGCACUUUACUAAGUUAUGGCUUUUAUCCUCUCUGUGAUCAAAUAAAGGUUUUGCUGGGGUCCGGCGUGUGCUGCCUCUUCUGUCCUCGGGAGACUUCAGAACCGUGCUUCUCCACUCAGGUCUCUGAUGAGCUGCUUCAAGUCGCAGAGGAGUGACGGCAAGUCAACACCACAGUGGAUUUCUUUAUUCAAAGUCAACUAAACUCCAG